AUGUUUUAAUAGUUCCAUGAGUAAAAAAAUUUGAUUGAUUAUUAUUUCAAUUUUAAAAGAGAUAUACAUUUUAGCUUAAGAUUUGAAAAAUUAUGUAUAGAUUUAUAACUCAAUCAAAAGAAAUCAAAUAGGAACAAAUAUCAAAAUGCUAUAAUUUUUUCAAUUAAAGCAAAAGUAUGUUUUGUCAAGUAAACUUAAUUAUACAGAAAACAGAUUCAUUUCUCACCUACUUCCAUUAGAAGAAGUGGUAAAGAAAGAAAAAGUAUACUUACAAUGAGUAAAAAUGUAGUAUGUUUUAUAACCAUGAAUAGACCUACUUUUAAGAAUUAUAUUGCUGAAAAAGUUUCUAAAAUUAUAGAUGUAUGGAUAAUUUUAAAAAGAAAAAUGUGUCUGAUAUUUCAUUAUAUAUGGAUUAUCAUCCUGAAAUUAUUGAAAAGUUAAUGA